AUGGCGAAGACUGGUGUCGAGUAUCUUUUACAAAAGUUGUCAAACUAUCAUUGUUUGUAUAUAUUUGCUCAUCACUCUUUGGGAACAAAUGAUAUUGGCGUGCAUGAUCAAGAAUUAAAAGAAAUUGGUGAGAAGAUGGUUAAAAGGUGUGACGGAUUGCCUCUGGUGGCUAAAGCUCUUGGCGGCCUGUGGCACGGCAAAUAUGACAUCAAUGACUGGAGGGAUGUGCUAAAUAGUAAGAUAUGGAAUUUAUCAAAAGAGGAAUGUGACGUUAUGUCUGCUCUUAAAAUUCGGCUCAGUUUCUUUUCCAUAGUUCUUUUUUCCGGCAAAGACAUCAUGUCAAUCAUUGGAGAGGCAGUUCUGUCUGCGACUACUGAGAUGCUGAUCGAAAAGCUGGUUUCUGAGAAAAUGACGAGCCGUUUGGUUAGGAUCUGGCUUGGUGAACAACAAAACUUGGCUUACGACGUGGAAGACAUACUUGAUGAGUUUGCAACUGAAUCUUUGCGGAGCAAAUUGUUGCUUGAAUCUCAACCUCAAGCCACCACAAGCAAGGGACGAUAG